UAAUAUGUCAGUGCUUUCGUGUAAAUGGAGACUAAUAAUCUCAGAGUGGAGUUAUGACUGCUCACUUUCUGACAUGAGACAAAAAAGCUUGUCCUAUUGGUGCCACCAAGCGUCCAAAUCCUAAUCCGGUUAUAUAAAAUGUCCAUCCAAUCCCCUGCACACGAACUCCGGGGGCCAGAAGAACAAGUUGAAGGACAGCACCAUGAUCAUCAUAGUGGACCUGGUGCUGAUGCUGAUCGACCUGACCUACGCGAUCCUGGCCGCCGUGGUGCAAACGUUCCUCCGACCGAGGCUGAAGAGCAUCGACGGGGAGCUGUGCCUCAUCACCGGGGCAGGGGGUGCCUUGGGCCGCCUCUUCGCUGUCGAGUUCGCCAAAGAGGGGGCGCGGCUGGUGCUGUGGGACUGCAACGCCGCCGCCAACGAGCGCACAGCCCAGCUGGCGAGGGAGCACGGCGUCCAGGUGCACGCCUACACGGUGGACCUGUCCCGCCGGGAGAGCAUCUACCAGGCUGCCGAUCGAGUGAGGGCUGAGGUGGGCGACGUGUCCAUGCUGGUGAACAACGCGGGCGUGGUGGCCGGGAGGAGGCUGCUGGACUGCCCGGAUGAGCUUUUGGAACGCACGCUGCUCGUCAAUUGCCACGCCUUGUUUUGGAUGACCAAAGCCUUCCUACCUCAGAUGAAAGCAAAGAACCACGGUCACAUCGUAACCGUCGCCAGCGCCCUUGGCCUCUUCAGUACGGCAUGUGUGGAGGAUUACUGUGCUAGUAAAUUUGGAGCAGUUGGUUUCCACGAGUCGCUGACGCACGAGUUGCUAGCAGAGGAGCUGGAUGGGAUUAAAACCACUCUGGUCUGCCCGUAUAUCGUGGACACGGGGAUGUUUGCAGGCUGCGAGAUAAGGAAGGAGCUUCGCAGUCUCAUUCCACCGUUGGAGCCUUUGUACACGGUUCAGCAGUCCAUGACGGCCAUUUUAGCAGAACAGCAAAUGAUCUGCAUCCCCCGCCUUAUGUACAUCCCAUUUCUGACGAGAGCUUUGCUACCAUGGGAAGCCAACGUCGCCACGUAUCGUUUCAUGGGGGGGGAUAAAUGCAUGCUGCCCUUCAUCAAGAACGUGGAACAGAGGACAUCUAACGGCUAUAUCAAGUCUUCCUGAGGUCUUCCUCGGUGUGUCGGAAACCAAAGUGUAUUUUUUGCUGACAUGGAAUGGAGAAGUACUAUUUUUACACCAAUACUGUGUGUUGUCACAUGGCAUGUCAACUCAGGACUCGGUAUCAAUAAAAAAAAAUAAUGAGUGAGCAUGUGGUCUAGUAUUUUUGGCUAUUAUAAAAUGAUGGACCCGUGUCCCUGGUUUAUAGUGGUUAAUUAGUUCCAGACCCAAAAGUGAUAAAUACAUUUAAGAGAUUGGGCCGCACAUGUAUGAGUGGUUAGCAUGUUCGGAGAUCAGAAAGAUCUGGGUUCAAAUCUCCGCUUGGGCAUCUCUGUGUGGAGUUUGCAUGUUUAGCGUUUUCCUCCCACAUUCCUAAAACAUGCAUUUUAGGGUAAUUGCAGACUCUAAACUGCGAUUGGCUGGCAACCAGUCCAGGGUGUACCCCGCCGCUUGCCUGAAAUCAGCUGGGAUAGGCUCCAGCAUGAGCUCCCCUGAGACCCUAGUGAGGAAA